UAUUUUUACAUUACUUGUAGAUUUUAACAACUCCCACUGAUAAUAAGAUAGUUGAUUAUUUUACGUUUUGAAACACCAUGGAGAUAAUAUCAGGUGGGAUUUCUAAGUGUUUACAUCGUUCCAUGCUAAAUAAAAACAUCAUAAAAAAGGAUAUUGUGGCAAAUUCCUGUCACUUGGAAGAGCUCAACAUCCAACCUGCUUCCUCGUAAGUUAUUAUUGUUCUUGCAUUUUUACAGUCACAUUAUGUAUUUUUUGUUUUUAUGUUGUAAACGGGCUUGUGAUAUUCAGUUGAAGGGCAGUAGGUAAAUUUAAUAAAUAACAAAAAAUAAAAAAUAAUUUUAUGAGCAAGCAUUUCCCCCAGUAUUUUUGUAUAAAACAUCAGCUGACGAGCACUGUUGCAAUCCGUAACGCUUUUAAAGUUUAUUUUCAGAUGCUGCAUCAAUGGGAAGAGGAAAUCAAACAGUGGUGACAGAAUUUAUCCUUGCUGGAUUUUCCAGUUUCCCAGACCUGCAGAUUCCCUUGUUUCUGGUGUUCUCUCUAAUCUACCUGGUAACUUUGAUCGCGAAUAUAAUCAUCAUCACUGCAAUACGGCUUGACCGCAGCCUUCACAUCCCCAUGUACUUCUUCCUCUCCAUCCUCUCCUUCUCAGAAAUCUGCUACUCACUUGUCAUUAUUCCCAAUAUGCUUGCAAAUCUUCUAAGAGAAAAGAAGACCAUUUCCUUCAUUGGCUGUGCUACUCAGAUGUGCAUUUUCCUGGGCUUUGGGUGCACAAAUUGUAUGCUUCUAGCAGUGAUGGGGUAUGACCGAUAUGUCUCCAUAUGCAAACCUUUACGUUAUCAGAUUUUGAUGAAUCAAAGUCUCUGCACCAAACUGGUGGCUUGUUCAGCAACAACUGGAUUUCUUUUUUCCACCUCAGAGACCAUUAUCAUAUUUACCUUGCCUUUCUGUGGACCAAAUAAACUUAAGCACUUCUUUUGCGAUUUAGCACCUUUGCUUGAAUUAGCCUGUGGCCGAAACUACAUAGGAGAAAUUGUCAUUUUUGUUAUUUGUGUUUUGGUUGUAUUUUGUUCAUUUCUGUUCAUCCUUCUCUCAUACUUUUUAAUUGUUAACACUGUCUUGAAAAUCCCCACAACGGCUGGGAAGCGAAAAGCCUUUUCUACUUGUGCCUCCCAUCUUAUCGUGGUCGUAGUGCACUUUGGUUGUGCUUCCAUUAUCUAUUUAAGGCCCAAAUCCAGAUACACACUAGAUGAGGACACUUUUAUUUCUGUCUCUUACACAAUGGUGACUCCCUUGUUGAACCCCUUAGUGUACAGCCUGAGAAACAAAGAUGUUCAAAUAGCGCUUAAGAAAUCGCUUGGCAAAACCUCCUGCACUCAAAGAAUCUGAAAAUCCAGAGGGAAAUAGUUGU